AUGGCGCUUAGUAAAACAGUUCAUCCACACGACAGAACCAGAUUCACAAGACUGACCUUGGUCAUCCUCGAGGAAUUGACACCACUGCUACAAGAUAUACUUCAAAAUGAAAUAUCACCAAACCAAUUACUUAAUGAAGUUUCACGACAGAAGUCACUUUUCCAAAAGCUUAGAGCUGAACAAACGGUAUUAAUUCAAAAUGCUCAGACUGAUGGGUACAAAGAUUUCGAUAUUACUCUUUUGUACACAUUAUUACGCAAUCUCAAAUGUCUAAAAAUCACAGCCCCUACACAAGGAUGGGGGACAUCACAAAGGCCAGGAAAUGGGGAGACAACUCCUGGUGAUGACAUUGAAAGAAUUCGCCUCAUAAGAAAUAAAAUAUAUGGACAUGUUGCUGUACCAGCAUUGUCAGAGACAGAGUUCCAGGAACACUGGUCCAAUAUUUCAGACAUCUGCAAAAGAAUGCAAACCUUGCUUGGCAAGAACUAUGUCCAAAGCCUGCAGAUGGCUGAAGUACGUGCUAUUGACUUAGAGAUGGAAAACACGUACCUCGAGAAAAUCAAAAGUCUCUGUACUGCUGAGAAAAGUAUGAAAGAACUAUUACAAGAGGUCAUCAAAGGUAGAGCUCCCUGUGUAGAAGAAAAUGUGAGGGUUGAAGCCAGGGAUCCACAACUGAAUAACCUAGUAGAGACAUUAACUAACACAAGCAUUUCCAUUCUGAACGACAUGAAGGAUAGCAUCACUGAAAUGACACCGGACUCAGAUAUAGAGCUACUGUUUGAAUCAAUAGAAGAAUUCAUUAGCGAGAACAAGGAGAAUAUAUCAACAUUAACGUCUUUUCCAUUUUUUGAAGAAUUAGCACAAAAAAUCAAAAGAUAUGCUUAUCUGAAAAAGAGCCCGAUGCAAACUUUAGCAAGACACCUUCGCUUUAUUUUGAGAUUAAAGAAAAUGUAUGGUGCUGAAUUAGAGUGUUCACAGGGCAGCUUACUGCUGAAGUUGACCUUUUCCUCAGAAGGAGGUUGUGACCAUUACAUGCAUGAUUUGGAGAGAGGGGAGAUUGGAGAACUUAUCCUAUCUGUGUUGCUCUACCCUCCAUAUCUGGCUAACUAUAAUCUACAUGCUGAGGAUUUGAUGAUUUAUCUGAAUGAUAAUGAAAUCACAGCAGAAACUAGUAAGUAA